UUCUUUCACUAAAAUCACUUUGUGUCCAUGGAAUGGCAGACGAUAGAUGAAAGGCUUUGACUACACGUUACGUUUCAAGGAGGGAAAAAAGGCCCAAAAACCAUGGCUUCUUACUUGCCUGGAAUCAAAAUUCCUGUUAAGACUCAUGUUUUUGAAGCGAUGCAAAGUGUCGAUAUCGAAACUUUUGAAAGAUGCAGCGAGUCAGAAUUACGGCCAAUCCUUCCCGCUCUAGUCCGUAUGGCUCUUUGCUCUCCAUUAGAUUCGAGUGAACGGGGUGAUCGUUUGCGAAAAGCCACUCUUAAAAUUCUUUCCGGAAUGGAAGUUGUUAACAAUAUCGUUGGUUUGUUAUCCAUUGAUUUUAAUGCCCUAGAACAGGACGUAAAGAAGGAACAGCAACUACGGGCAAAGACAGGUGGGUCUCAUACAGAGAGCUUGCUGAUCUCACAGCUUCCUAAUGGACUUGCCCUUGAAUUUGAGAGAAGUGAUGCAGCACGUCGCAUUCGUUUGAUUUUAAGCCAGCUGCUUUUUGUUAUUUCUGAGUUGAAGGAGGGGAAGACUGGCCACCACAGCUUAUCUGAUGAGCUGUUUGAAAGUCCUGUGUACUUAGAAGAGGUAUCAGAUGUGCUGUACAUAGCACUUGCAGAAUGCUGUUUAGAUAUAACAGUAUUAGGUUGCAAAACAGAGUUACCUGGACUUCUGGCCUUGGGGGAUGUGGCAGAAGCACUUCUUUGUCUUCCUCAUGGUAAUGAACUGCUGUGUCAGCUUGUUGCAAACUUCCCAGAGUCCUUUAUGGAAGUUUGCACAAGCCUAGUGUCACAUGGGCAGCGAAUUGAAGAGGAUAGUGCUGGCAGUUGUCAACGACUGGAGAUGUUACGCAUGUUAGCCGCUAUGAACCCACGGGAGGCUCUCAACAUUCGUGCUUUGUGUGUGCAGCAUUGUACCAUGCCAGGUUUGGCUGUGGCCCUGUCACUGCAAAUGUCAGAUACGUUACAAGAUGUUGAUGAUGCAAGGGAUGGAGAUGAUGUGGUAACAUUUCUCAACUCUUUACUUCUUGGAAGUCAUCAGGGGAUCCGCAACUGGUUUUCACAAUUUAUCAAGGCUGCACAGAAAAAACCCAAAGAAUCUUGUGGCUGUGUGCUGCAUGCUAUGCGCCAGUAUCUUCUCAAGCGGCUGGUGGCAUUCAUUCCCAAGGAAGGACAUCCACUUGCAGAGUCUGCUGUUAUUCCGGCCUCAGCACUUAUUCGUCUCUAUGCAGCACUCAAAGGACUAGCCACGUUAAAAUAUUCAGAUGAGGAGAUGGCUUACCUGCUGCAGCUGCUGACUUGCCAUCCUCCACUGUCUUCAGCAGGAAAAUACUUUGUGUCUUUGGCUGUGUGUAUGCUGAUAGCAAAUCCUUUACUCCUUAGCGGCAUGGAUGAAGAACAGAAAAUGAUUAACUGGAUUUGUUGGCUCAUGUCUACAGAGAAUACCAACAGCAAAGAGGGCAGUAGCACAACAUUGUUUGGCGAAAUACUUUUCCUUGUAGCAUUACAUUUCCACAGCAAUCAGGUGUCAGCCAUUUUGGAUCUUGUGUGCAACACUCUUGGGAUGAAAAGCAUUGUGAAAGCAAGCAGUUUGACACGUCUUCGGCACAUCUUCACACAACUGAUCUUCACUGAACAGGUGGUGGCAGCUAAUGCAGUGAAGCUUCCAGUUACAAAAGGUCUUGAUGCUUCAUGUUCAGGCUAUCUCCCCAUUCACUCCAUUCUCCAGCUUCUUAAAAGUCGUGUGUUUUCGCGCCACAAAGUUCCAAUUAAGGACUGGAUAUACCGACAGAUAUGUGAAAGCUACCUCCCUUUGCACCCACUUCUACCACAAUUGGUGGAAUGCUUUGUGAGCAGCAUCAUACCAAAAGGACUGAAGUUUGAGCAGACCAACCAGCCAGUCACAGAGGCAGAAAUACUUGCUGUGUACUCAGACUUUGUCACAGGUGGUAAUUUAGGCACUUUAAGAGAAGACAUGCAAGCAAACAGGAAGAGGGGCUUGAAAACAACAAGGGAGCUUGAAAAAGCCGAGGAGGAGAAAAGCCUUGCUCCUCGACUGCUGAUGCUGUAUUAUGUGCUGUUGUAUCAAGAUACAUUGCUGUCAGUCUCCAAGUCACCAGUGCUGUCCCUGCGACAAUAUACACCAUACAGUGAGACAAUGAUGUCACAGAUCCCCAUCAACUACCUGGUGCAACAAGCUCAACAACGACCUCAUCAGUGUUCUGGGAUAUUUCCCCCACUGCUUCGAUUGCUGGUGACACAUUUUCCUCACCUCUGUCUGGUGGAGGACUGGCUUGAAGAAAGUCUAUCAACAUGUGGGCCCAACAGCUGGUAUCAACGCUCUCUUUCUGCCUCAUCUUUACAGCCCACAGCCAAUGUCAGUGCACAGUCUCUUCACCAAGCUUUGUCUUGUGUUAGAGAGAACCCAGCACUUAUGAUGCAGCAGUUAAAUACCCUACUACAGAUGCCUGCAGCACGUCUGCAGCAAAAUAUGCAGCAUAUUGUGGACUGCUUACCACGCUUACUUGGUGAAGGGGUGCCUCGAAAAGUUUUGGACACCAUUCAGCGAUUAUGGUUCCAACUUCACUCUCUGUCACCUCGCAGUUUGCGUUUAAAGACUGUCAAUGCAUUACAACCACAGCAACCAGGUCUUUUGAAAAAGGAAACAUUCACAGAACAGGAUGUAGUCGUUGACCCACUAGUAGUGCUGCGGUGUGACCAAAGAGUCUUCAGGUGUCCACCUAUCCUGGGAGUGAUGCUUCAUGUACUGUCUGCAUAUCUCCAAGCAUCUGGUAUUUACCUGCAACAGCAGGUCAGUGCUAUCUCUGUUGCCAAUGCUGCAGCCACUGUCAACACAUGGGAGGUCACACGUGUGGAAAAGGACAGGCAGGAGCUCAAGAGUGCACUCAUUGCUGCACAGGAGAGUGCCUGUCUGCAGAUAUUACUGGAAGUUUGCCUGCCAACACCUGCAGAACAGGAGAGUGCUCAGGGUGAGAUCAGCUGUCUUCGAGAAGUUCAGUGUGCUGUGUUUUCCUUCCUUCAUCAAGCAUUCAUCAAGGAUCCAUAUUUGGCCAAACUCCUUCAUUUUCAAGGUUAUCCAAGUGAGUUACUGCCAUUAAUGGUGGCUGGUGUGCCUUCUAUGCAUAUUUGUUUAGACUUCAUCCCCGAGUUGCUGGGUCAGCCACAGGUUGAAAAACAGGUGUUUGGAUUCCAGCUUCUGGCUGCACUGUGUGCUCAGUAUUCCUUGCCGAAGUCUAUGAAUGUAGCACGUUUGGCUCUCAAUGUCAUGUUCACACUUCUCACAGCUUAUGAGAGCACCACAGUGUGCCAAAUGUUUGCCAAAACUGUGCCAUCACUACUGACACUGUGUAAAGUGUUUCCUCCCCUGUGUAACGAUGUUACCUCUCUCUUGAUGCAAGUGGCACGUAUUUGCCGCUCCCAGCUGGCCAUCACGAGUCAUCCAGGUGUCACAGACACACACAGAGAAGAAGCACCUCCUAAAAAGCUGAAGCUGGCAGGUGAUGAAGAAAUACAGAUCCAUUCUUCAAAUUUCCACACCCUACUGGCACUCGUGCAAAACACCUUUCGGCAAAUCACAGAAAUUGCUGUGGUGACAAGUCGUCUUUACUGAUAUGCUGCUGGGCUAGAACCAGAUUUUUAGGAAAUCACAACUAAUUCUCUUCAUUCACAUUCUGUGGAAAGUUCACUUGCAUGUGAAUGCAAAAUGUAUAUAAUGUAUAAAAUGUAUAUUGCUGCAGGGCAGCUCUUCUCAGGACAAACUGAUGAGGCAAAUGUGAUAAUUUUUUACCUGACCACUCAAAACCCAUCCAAAUACCCCCUCCUCUAGGUUUGCAUGGAAGCUGUAGCAGCUUUCACAAAUCAGGGCCAAUGUAUGCUGACACAGGUAUGAAUGUGAGAUAGAAAAUGUCUGCUCGUGUACAAAUCUGCUGGUGUGGUUGCAAAAGUAAAAGCUGGUUUUUUUUUUUUUUAAGUUUCUCUUUUUGUUUGUACUAUUAAGAUGGACUGGAAACCUCUCAAUAAACAGUGUUUCAUAUG